CGGGAGGGACGUCUGCAUGAGCCAAUGGAUGCGGCAGUCGCGGCAGCGGUGGCCAAUGGGCACGGCAGGGGCAGGGCCAAGUGGCUGAACCCGGUUCCCGAGGCGCGGCGGCCGCGGCUGGGGGCGGGGAGGGGGGCGCAGGACCCCAAGCGGGGGUCCCGGAGCCAGAGGGCCAAUUCCCGUCCCCCCAGCAGCAUGGCAUCGUGUGCUGAACCCUCUGAGCCCUCUGCCCCGCUGCCUGCCGGGGUCCCACCGCUCGAGGACUUCGAGGUGCUGGAUGGGGUUGAGGAUGCAGAAGGUGAGGAGGAAGAGGAGGAGGAAGAGGAGGAGGAGGAUGACCUGAGUGAGCUGCCACCACUGGAGGACAUGGGACAACCCCCGGUGGAGGAGGCUGAGCAGCCUGGGGCCCUGGCCCGAGAGUUCCUCGCUGCCAUGGAGCCAGAGCCUGCCCCAGCCCCGGCCCCGGAAGAGUGGCUGGACAUUCUGGGUAAGGAGCAAGGGUGGAUCGGGGUGACCUUGGCCCUGGCCCUCUUGUACCCUGAGCCUCAUUUCCCCAUCUGUGCUGUGAGGGUUGGAAGUCACAUGGUCCACCACCAUGAUCACCAGCCAGAGGCAACUACUGGAGAUGCUUCACGUUGAUGUACCCCAUUCAUU